AUGCCCGAUCCAGAGGCAAUAGACCAGUGCCUCCGACGGGGUUUGGAGCAUGAAGAUGAAGACUAUGAACGCACCGUCCAGAAGCUAGUGGAUCAAGAUCUUGACGACUGGCCUAAUGAAGCAGGCUUUGAGGGCUUAAACGAAGUUCGAGGUCCGGUUGACCUACAUGUCAAGGGCUCUAUACCGUCGUGGGCUGCCGGAAGUCUCUUUCGAACCGGACCGGGUCAAUACAAUGUGGAGGAUACACCUCUGGGCACAUACCGAACCAAGCAUUGGUUCGACGGCUUUGGUCACUCGCACAAGUUCCAAAUAAUACCAAACCAGCUUGACCCGAAUGGCCCAGUCCGUGUCGAGUAUUCUUCGAAAAGGCAGACCGAGGAAUUAGUUGCCGAGAUCAAGAGCACCGGACGGCGCUCCACCAUUACCUUUGGUCAACGGCAGGAUGUCUGUGUCGGCAUUUUUAGCAAAGUCAUGAGUGUCUGGCGCGCCUCAGGCCUACCGCUUCCGACCAAUAUUGAGAACAUCGCAGUGACUGUGCAGGGUAGCGUACCUGGUCUGCCGUUGCCAAACACAAAACAGCCACUCGAGUCCGGGCAUCGGAGCACGCCCAAAGUCUUGUGGCUCGGCACUGACAAUUCGAUUCUCAAGGCGUUUGACACAAACACUAUGGAGGCAUUGGAUUGCAAGGCACACACGACCUUGAAUCCUCUGCUUAAGGGCCCGCUCAGCUGUGCACAUGCUCAGCGAGAUCCAGAGACUGGCGAUUACUUCAAUUACAACCUCCAAUUCGGCCCCGUCUCAACGUACCGUGUGUUUAGAUCGAAUGCAGCCACUGGUACUACAGAUAUCCUAGCGACCAUUGCACAACCCGACGUCCGGCCUGCUUACAUUCAUUCCUUCUUCUUGACACGAUCCUACGUUAUUCUCUGCGUACCAUCAACACAUAUUAGAGCCAUGGGGCUGAGUAUACCUUGGAAUCGUAGCAUCACAGACGCUAUUGACGAAUUCGACGAAAAGAAUCUAUGCAAGUGGUUCGUGAUAGAUCGCCGGGAAGACAAAGGUGUUGUGGCACAGUUUGAAACGCCAGCAGGCUUCUACUUUCAUAGCGCCAACGCCUACGAUGAGCUUGACGGUUUGACGGGGGAGAUCAAUAUUUUCUGCGAUAUGCUCGAGUACCCCAAUACGGACGUGAUCAAGUCGUACGAGAUUGAUGUUCUCAUGGGCAAGAACGGCAUGGGAAAGAACUUUUGGGGAGAUGAAAGUCGAGCACGCAACUCCCAAGUCCGACUGGCAAGAUACAAAUUCAGCAUACCCAAAAACCACCAAUCCAGCGGCGGUUCAACAAAGUACCUGGGAGCACAAAAGAUGUUUGAGAUUAAAGCACCUCACAUCGGCGAGCUUCCAACCAUUAAUCCAAGCUUCGCCACCAAAGAUUAUCGCUACGUUUACAGUCUGCCGAACCGCGGCCGCAGCACGCUGCUCGAUAGCAUCUCAAAGACGAAUGUCAAGACGCGCGAGACUAUUUAUUGGGACAACCCAAAAGGUCAUACGCCGGGAGAAGCCAUUUUUGUCCCUCGCCCGAGAAUCGAGGGUGACAAGGAGGAGCCGGCCGAGGACGAUGGCGUGCUGCUGAGCAUUGUGCUGGACGGACACGGCAAGACGAGCUAUCUGGUCUGUCUGGAUGCGCGGACAAUGAAGGAGAUUGGUAGAGCCGAGUGUGAGUGGGCGAUUGGGUUUGGCUUUCAUGGUAUGCACGUGCCGGCAUAG